AUGCGUCUGACUGCAGCCCCCCUACGCCAAAUUUGUGGCCAACGCAGGACUCUAGCCACUUUUGUAGAGCGUGACAUUGUCCUACUUCGUCAAAAGCUAAAUCAAGACAACUUCAUCUUGACAAAACCCCUCAAUCCAGCCAACAGAAUAUCAACUCAUAAAGGAGACAUCUCACACUCCGACAUUAUUGGCAAGAGUCCUAGAGAUCUGGUCACCUCUUCUGCCGGCCACGAUUACAGAGUCCACAAUGUCACCCUUGCCGAGUAUGUGAGCUUGACUAGAAGACUUGUAACUCCUAUCUAUCCAGCCGACGCCAAUCUCAUUGUGAGCCUUCUGGAUCUUCACCCCUCCGCUGCCCACGAGGCCGGGAAGCUAGAGAUCCUGGAAGCUGGUACCGGCCACGGAGCUCUGACUCUACACUUGAGUAGAGCCAUCCAUGCCGCCAACUCUCAGAAACCUAAGCCGUUGCCGUCGCCAGCACCAGACAGUGUAGGAGGCGAACCCGCCACCGAAGACAGCAGCGGUAGUGGGCAGACAGAGAGCGAUGAUGCUUUGACUGCUUGGAAAGCCUCCCGAAAGGCCGUUAUCCAUACCAUUGACAUCUCGCCAAAGUAUUCCAAACAUGCGGCCAAGGUUGUCGCUGGCUUCCGUCAUGGGCUUUAUGCCGAUAACGUCGACUUUCAUGUUGGAGAUGCCAGCGGAUGGAUCAAAUCUGAGCACGAACGCCGCAACUCAGACCAACCUUUCCUGACGCACGCCUUCUUGGACCUACCAGCCACCCACGACCAUCUCUCAGCUGUGGCAUCGGCUCUCAAGAAUGAUGGAACACUCAUCAUCUUCAACCCUUCUAUCACCCAGAUCGUAGACUGCGUACAGAAGAUCAAGCAACAGGACAUUCCAUUGUUCCUGGAUCAAACUUUGGAGCUCGGAAACAAUGGAACGAGCGGCGGCAAACCAUGGGACUUGCGAGCUGUGAAACCUCGUGCUGCACCUAAGGUUCAAUCCGGGGAAGAAAGCUCUGAUUGUGUACAGUCUUCUGGAUCUGAAGAGCCGGAGAAGCAGGACCAGAACAUCACUAGGGAUCCCGCGCAGACUCUCACGGAAGCAAAACCUGAGGAACCAAACUGGACUUUCGUUUGCAGACCCAAGGUUGGAGAAAGAAUCAUCGGUGGUGGAUUCCUGGGUGUCUUCCGGAAGAUGAACAAUUCUGCCCGCCCAUGA